CUGCUCAAUCACAUGAUAUUGCCUGUCUGGCAGGUGUCUGCAGUGUGAGUAGAGAAACCAACUGUUCACUAUUUUGGGUGAAUGAGGUUGGCUGUUACUGCAAGUGGCCCCACAAAGAAGUCCACGCAUCUGUUGAUAAGCAGUGCUCUGCACACUGGGUGCCCGAAUGCUUAUAGCUGCUUGCUCAGACAGGGAAGUUUCUGUCUGAGCUUUGAGAUCGUAGGAAGAAAAGUUUUGCCAAGAGCCUUGCUGGUUUGAAUCUUUAGAUGUUGGCUGCCAGGGUUUGUCUGUGCCUACAGAAUCUCUCUGUUCUGAUGCAAGCACAGCCUUGGAAUCUAGCAGUAAACUGAUUUUUUUCUGCUCUACCGCUUGGUGCAGCGACGGAAACCUGGUGGAGGGGGAUUGCAGUUAGGUCCCUUGUGAGGAUUAAGCACCCCUUCCACUUGCCUGGACACCUCCUGUGUUGCAGAAUCCGCCUUCAGGUCCAGGGAUUUCCUCUAAUAUGUUGGAUAAAGCCAAGACACUCCAGCCUGCCUAUGUGGGGAUUGUGCCGCUUGCAGAGACUGUGUCAAAGCAAGGGAAGAGCUGUUCAAGCACAUACCAGGAAUCAUACCACAGCUUACGAGAAGUGCUGCAGUUGAAGCUCCAGCAGCGGCGCACACGGGAGGAGCUGGUGAGCCAAGGGAUCAUGCCGCCUCUGAAAAGUCCAGCUGCAUUUCAUGAACAAAGAAAGAGUUUGGAGCGGGCCAGGACAGAGGACUAUCUGAAACGCAAAAUCCGGUCCCGGCCAGAGAGAUCAGAGCUGGUUAGGAUGCACAUUCUGGAAGAGACCUCAGCUGAACCCUCCUUGCAGGCUAAGCAGCUGAAGCUGAAGAGAGCCAGACUGGCAGAUGACCUCAAUGAGAAGAUAGCACAGAGACCAGGGCCCAUGGAGCUGGUGGAGAAGAACAUCUUGCCUGUGGAAUCGAGCCUAAAGGAAGCUAUUAUUGUUGGACAGGUGAACUACCCAAAGGUUGCAGACAAUUCCUCCUUUGAUGAGGACAGCAGUGAUGCCCUCUCCCCAGAGCAGCCAGCCAGCCAUGAGUCCCAAGGGUCUGUGCCAUCGCCGAUGGACUCCCGGAUUUGUGAGCCUCUCCCUAGCACCACUGGUACAUCACUAGCUCAGGGUUCAUCCCAGUUGCAGAUUAGCACAGACUCCAGUGAAACACUUUUCCUACCUGAGCAGCCACCUCCGCCAUUGCCACCUCCACCUCUUCUGCCCCCUAGUCUUACCAAUGGAGUGGCCCUUACUGCUGCCAAGCCCCCACCAACACUCAUUAAGCAAAGCCAGCCCAAGUCUGCUAGUGAGAAGUCUCAGCGCAGUAAAAAAGCCAAGGAGUUGAAGCCAAAAGUCAAGAAGCUUAAAUAUCAUCAGUAUAUUCCCCCGGACCAAAAGCAGGACAAGGGAGCUCCUCCCAUGGAUUCAUCCUAUGCCAAAAUACUGCAGCAACAGCAGCUCUUUCUCCAGCUUCAGAUCCUCAACCAGCAGCAGCAGCACUACAACUAUCAGACCAUCCUGCCAGCCCCACCUAAGCCUCCAGGAGAGCAGCAGAGUGGUGCCAGUGCCCCUGCAGUACGCAAUCUCUCUGCCACAGUCAGCAGCACAUCUUCAGUAUCUUCUGGUUCCAGUGGGCUGAUGAGACAAAACAGCAACGCUGCAGUGGGCAAGCCUGGCCCUCUCCCUGCCAACCUGGAUGAGAUGAAGGUAGCAGAGCUGAAGCAAGAGCUGAAGCUGAGGGCCUUGCCUGUCUCUGGCACAAAGACGGACCUGAUUGAGCGUCUCCGAGCUUACCAGGAGCAGAACGGUGCAGCCGGCCAAACAACCCCCACUCCCAAGCCCAGCACAGCAGCUGUCCUCCCUAAAGCUGCCAAAGUGGUGGUGGCCUUCCCAACUGCCAGGCUGAGCACAGGGCCGGCCCUGGUCACCACUGGCAUUGCACCAGCAGAAGUGGUUGUGGCCACAGUUACUGGUGGCGGUGUGAUGAAGUUUGGGAGUACAGGCUCAACUCCUCCUGUUUCUCCAACUCCUUCUGAGCGCUCGCAGAUGAGUACAGGGGAUGAAAACUCGGGCACUGGAGAUACCUUUGGAGAGAUGGUGACUUCACCUCUGACCCAGCUCACCUUGCAGACAUCUCCAGUGCAGUUCUUGGUGAAGGAAGAAAGCUCCAAGUCCAACUCCUGCAGUAUAAAUGCGGCGCCCAGGUCAGAGCAGUAUAGUGCUGGUAACAGCAGAGAUGCAGAAGUUAGGGACAAAGACCAGAUGCUGCAGGAGAAGGACAAGCAGAUCGAGGAACUCACGCGCAUGCUGAAACAGAAGCAGCAGCUGGUGGAGAUGCUCAGGCUACAGCUGGAGCAGGAGAAGCGCUCUCAGCAGUCACAGCCAGCCCCAGCAGCCGUGGAAGAAGGAACAGCCCUCGCCUCCAAACCAGGAGCGUUUGGCACCCAGGUCAAGACUGAAAAUGAUUUCCUGAGUUGCCAGUCUGCGAAGCAAUCCAGUGGCCAAACAGACCAAUUCAGCCCUGCACCAACCGCUAGCCAAAUGGACACUUCGAAUCCAAGCCCAGUGCCAAAGAAAGCCGUGCUGGUGAAGCAGGAGGUGCCAGCCACGGAAGCGGAGCUGCCAUGCCAGGCCCAGAGCCCGCAGCUGCUCCUUGGCGAGCAAGGGAGCGCCCUGAGCGACCUCAAGGGCACCCCUUCCCCCCCCCUCAUCACUGACUCCACAGGGACCCACAUCGUCCUCACCGUGACCAAGCAGAACGCUGAGAGGCAGGGCCUCUCUCCCCACCCUUGGAUGGCAGGGAGCAGCUGCCCACCCUUGCAGAGCGUACAAUCAUCACCCGCUAAAACUUCCAGCCAACUGCCGUGUCAGGUACCUGCAAACACCCCUCAGCAGCAGCAGCAGCAGCAGCAGCAGCAGCAGCAGCAGCAGCAGCAGCCCAGAGGACCAGACCAAUCUAAGUCCUCAUCACAGCCUGGCUCUCCUGCUGCCCCUUCCCCCUCCCAGAUGGACCUGGAGCAGCAACAGCACACGCCGCUUUUUGGGACUCCUCCACCUCCUCUUCCAGUUCCCCCGGUCCCAAUAAAAGAGCCACCACCAGGCUAUGAAGAGGCCAUGAAGCAACAGCCAAAGGCCCAGGAGAAUGGCUGUUCCAGCCAGCAGAUGGAUGACCUGUUUGAUAUCCUCAUCGAAAGUGGAGAGAUCUCUGCUGACUUCAAGGAUCAGUCGUCCCCAGCUGGGAAAGAAGCGCCCGCGGCCCCGGCUGGUUCUCCCCCGGCCGGCAGCCAGCACUCCUCGGAGCUGGCGGUGCUGGUGUCGCUGGGGCAGCCGGUGCUGGUGGGCCGGCUGGAGGACUUCCUGGAGAGCAGCACCGGCCUCCCGCUGCUGACGGCGGGCCACGACGGGCCGGAGCCCCUGUCCCUCAUUGACGACCUCCACAGCGAGAUGCUGAGCAGCUCGGCCAUCCUGGACCACCCGCCUUCCCCUAUGGACACCUCGGAUUUGCACUUUGCUCACGAGCCGUCUGGGGGCAUAGCCCUGGAUCUGGCCGAGGCCAACUUGGACAGCAUGGACUGGCUGGAGCUGCCAGGGGGUUCUGUCAUGAGCCUGGCUCCCCUGAGCACCACGGCUCCCAGCCUCUUUUCCACAGACUUUCUUGAUGGACAUGAUCUGCAGCUGCACUGGGAUUCUUGCUUGUAAUUCUGUGAGCAGAGACUGAAGGGAAGGGGAGGGCACAGGCAUGCAGAGGGAAGAGGCCAGUCAACCAAAAAAGAGAAAAAAGAAAGAGCUCCUAGUAUUUGUACUCCUCCCCUAAAAGUGUCCUUCCUGCGUGGAGCCGGCAUUGGGCCGGCCAGGGCGGGGAGAACGGCUGCUGGGGGGGGACAGGCGGCAGGAGGAGCUGUGGGGCUGGUGGCCUCCUGCCCACUGCACACAGCCUGGCCCAGCUGGGCUGAGAGCAGAGCCAGCAGCCCCUGUUCCUCCAGGCAGGAGCAAUGGCAGCACAUUGUUCCCUCACGUGGACAGAGCAUGACUGGGCCUGAGCUGUUUCCAGCAGCAGCACUCUGCGCCUUCCUGGGAUUGGUGGAGAAAGGGGGCUCUGCUGCCCCAGCACGGGCGGUCUUAACGGUUGUGGAAGGGGGUUCUACCUCUGGAGCAGGACACAAAGGCAGGAGGCUGCCUGGGGCCCAGGGCAGCUGCCCUCUGCACCACCUGCAUCUGUCAGGGGAGGGUCUGAUCUGCCACAGGGCUGGCAGGAGCUGGGCAGAACAGGUACCUGCUCUAAAUGUAGCCAAAGGGAACCAGGGCUCCCCACCAACCUGGUAACCUGGUCUAAGCUGGUUUCCCAAAUAUUGCUGAGCUUGGCAGAGGCCUGCUGGCCUGCCUGCUCGUUUCACUUGCUUUGGGCUGCAAAACAGUUUUUAAGGUGCUAAAAUCAGGUCCUUAUAUGUUAAAACUGCUGUCAGGCACAGCCCAUUGCCCCCAGCUCCCACAGUUCCUCACAUCCCCAGGUGAGCAGGGCAGUCAGCCUGGGCAGGGACACGAAAUGCCUGCGUGUCCUGGGGAGCUGGCAAUAAGUAACAUAUCAUUGGGGGCCAUGUGCAAUCUGUCUCCUGCCUUUGCUGUGUUGGUGCCUCGCUGUAGCACGUGCCCCAGUGGAAAGCAGCAGCUGGACCCUGUAGGUGAGGAAGGGGAAGUGGGACUACAAGAGUGGUCCCAGCUCAGUGGUUGUGAGGGCCCCUUUCUGGGCAGGAGCCUGAAAGCAAGUACUGGACAGCUGACAUCUGCUCUUCUCUCCCUCCAGUCCCAUAGGGUAAAAGUCAAAAGUAAGUGGCUGCUUACUUUGAGCUGGUGCCCUGUGUCCCUGUAGUGCCCCAGGCUGGUGCCUUGGGGAAAACUGCAAACUGAGGAGUGGGUGGACAAGCCCUCAGAGCCACGACAAUGCUAUUCCUUGGGCAGGGCUCUAUGGUGGAACACCAGGCAUGUGGCUCACUCUUGUGCUGUUAUUUUAGAAUUCCUGUGCCAGUAGUAACCCACAGCCAUACGGAGCAGGUGGGACAUGGCUUACAUG